AGAUCCAGAUUCCAAUCUAUUGAGACUUUUAAUGUGCCCAUUUCAAAGGGAGAUUAUAAUUUAUUUACAUUGCACAAUAUUUCGGUGCUAAGAAUCAUCUAUAACUUAGGAGGAUGUCCUUAUCCACAAGAAAGCAGAAAUUCGUCGAAGAUGCUAAUGCAGCUAAAGAGCUUUGCAAUACAAACUCUCUGCCCUUUGGAGAUUUUUCCAUCUCUGAAUCCACUAUUUCAUUUGCUGUUACCUUGGAAACACCUAGAUUUGAAAAAUGUACAAUUUGUGUAACAGAUGACUACCCAGAAAAUACCUUUAUUUGUAAAUUUGGAGAGAAAGAGGAGACAGAAAUAAUAAAUAGCACAAUACCAAUAAUUAUUGUCAAACUACAUAAUGAUUUAACCAGCCCUCUUGAGACGAUGAGUCAGUCAUCAUUGUCUGUACCUCCCUCUACACAGAGAUCCAUCAGUAUGGAGUCUUCAGGAUCUAGUUAUAUGGACUGUAAAUCUACUGUGUCCAGUGAAUCGGAAGAAGAAGAUAUGGACUACUAUUACAAGGAAGAAGGUUGUGUUGGUCAGAAAAUUUGUCCUGUGUUGGAAAAAGAUAUGGAAAAAUUAGUAGAACUGUAUGGAGAAGCAGCUAUAUCAUACAGAUUACUAGAUGCCAUAGAUGAGAUAGAUAUACAGAUUAAUCUACCACUUAGUUCUAUUAUUGAUGCCCCUGUAGCAGAAGCCUGGAAAUUAAAUAAGGAAGAACCUCUAAGUAUUUGUCUUCAUCUGUCGUAUACAAAUUAUCUUGACAUCCCAAGUCCACCAAAAGUGGAAGUUUUUCAGACAUCUAGAAAUGAAAAGAAUGGGAUUUCAAGUCAGAUGAAAAAGGUAAUGGAGACUUUUGUAUUUCAUCAAUGGCCUAAAAAUAGCAACAGGAUGAUAGAUGAAUAUCAUAAGCGACAUGAAAUUGUUUAUAACCAAGUAAGUGAUGAAGAGGCAGCUUUAAUGAUAGAGGAUAAAGAUUUAGCCAGGAUUAUGGAGAUUGGGUUUUCUGCUGAACAAGCUAGAGAUGCUCUUAUUCUAAGUCGCGGAGAUUUUUUAGAAGCUAUAAAUUAUUUAUUUGCUAACAAAGAUAGUUUACAGACAGAGACAUCAUUAACAAAGAAAGAAGAUAAGAAAGUGAAAGAAUUAAAAACAACAGAAAGACAAAGUUCUGUGCCACAUGAAAAUAGGAAGAAGAAAAAUAUAUUUAGACAAAUAAGUCAUGGCAGUGCUGCUUCUAGAAAAUCACAUGAACUUUCAGAGACAGCUGAUUUACAUUUAAAACCUUCAUCCACCUGGUUUGGUAAAAAUUCUAAAAGAAUUCCUGAACCUGAGUUUGGCUUUCUAGUCCAGAUUUUUCAGUAUUCCCGACAGAGAUUACCAACUUUAAAUGAGUAUUGUGUUGUAUGUGAUGAACCACAUGUCUUUCAAAAUGGAGCUAUGCUUAAGCCAGCAGUAUGCUCCAGAGAGUUAUGUAUAUUUGCCUUCCAAACGUUAGGUGUUAUGAGUGAUGCUGCUGAAGAUAUCGCUACUGGUGCUGAGGUAGUAGAUUUAUUAUUAACCAUGACAAAGGCUGCAAGUAAACAUAAUAGACGUAACAUAAUAUUUGACCCCUAUCCAACAGUUGUAGAUCCAAGUGACCCUAAUGAAUUAGCUUUAAAUCCUAAACAUAAAGAUUAUGAUGCAGUGGAAAAAAUAUUGAAGAAUGUUAUGUCAAUGGAACAAAUGACAGCAUUGACUUCUAGUGAUAUCAAAAAAACAUUAGAUUCUAAAAAUAAAUUAUGCUAUCCUUUACUUCAAUGGAUAAUUACCAGUAAUAGGUCUCAUAUUGUUAAAUUAACCCCAGAAAAGAGAAUACCAUUUAUGAAGACACCAUUCCAGUAUUUGUUACUCAGCAGUCCACCUGCAAAAGAGGCUGCAUUUAGAGAAGCUAAAGAAAAAUAUGGCAGUACUUUUGCUUUUCAUGGUUCAGCUGUAGAAAACUGGCAUUCUAUAAUUAGACAAGGUUUAAUAGUAGCAUCAGGAACCAAUAAACAGGUAAAUGGUGCAGCUUAUGGUAAAGGCAUCUACUUAAGUCCUAAUGCAGGGACAUCAUUUGGUUAUUCUAGAAUGUAUGCUAGUGGGGGAGGCAAAAAGAAAGAGAACAGAUCAGAAAGAUUUUUACGAGGGGAUAAUAACACAUUGUUUUGUAUAGCUUUAUGUGAAGUGAUAACAUGGCCACAGUUGAAGAAAUCCGGUCAGAUUUGGGUUUGUCCAGAGGGUGAUUAUGUUUGUACAAGAUUUUUCUUUGUAUAUGAAGAAGCAACAGGACAUGAGAAUAUAGAUACACAACAGAAACAGUAUAACGAGGCUAUACUAAAUGCAUUGAAAUAAAAAUUAUUUAUAGACGUCUUGGAAAAUACAGGCAAGUUUAAAAAUGGACGUUUGGUGUUUAAGUGAUACAACGUACUCUGCUGGCAGAAAUUCAUCAUUAUGGUGUUGCUAUUAAUGAUUGUUUUGUGAUGAGGUCGCACCAGAUUUCAAGGCCAAAUUUAGAGAAUAUGACAAAAGCAGUGAAUCAAAUAAACCAGGAUUAUUGUUUCAUUUUAAUGUAUUAAUGUAUGCAGGAAAUGUCUCUGUAAUGAUUCACAAGAAGUGCUGUCACAGUAAAACUACUCUUGCAUGAAUAGAAAUUCAAGUAGAGAUUGACAAUAUUGUUACAAGCUUGUUACUUUUUUCCUUCUUCCUCCAUGAGGAUAUAUACAAAAGGCCAAGCAAAACAAAAUAUAUGUGUUUUUAAAGGUUUCCUGAAAGACUCUUUUGGUUUAUGAUGAUGUCUUUCAUAAACUAUGCACCAACAUUUCAGUUGUAGCAACUUUUUAUAUACAGACUUGACCAAAACUAUUGUCAAAUUUUCAUUGAAGACCAAUGAUUCAAUAUUGUAACCCAAAAAAAAAUCCAAAUUCAGAUAUGAAUCAUAAAAAUUGUUUGACAGAAAACUCUAAAUACAAAAACAAAAUUGUGAGGGAGAUAAUGUUUGACUCAUUUUUACCUUAAAUGGUUCAAAGAAAAGUGUUUGAUAAUUUCUUGCUUUUCUUGCAAAUUUGAUCUUUCACUUUCCAAAGACUUUGCAUGAAUUCAGUCAGAAACCUUCAAAUGUUUUUCUUUUUUGUUGAUUUACCAACAUGACCACAUAUAAUAGAACUAGAACAUAAGGAUAGUAACAUUAAUAGUUUAUUGACAAAUGUGUUAACAUAAAUAGCUUGCCUUGUAUAUUCCUUCGGCUUCAGACUUUACAGAUUAAGGAGAAAAUGUAAAAUUGCACUCUGAGAUACAAGGAAUUUAGAUAUGAGCACCCCACCCU